AUGGUGCUUUGGGUAUCAACAUUGAUGAUUCCAUUACUCUUCAGAGAAACGCCCCCAAGUAGCUUCCAGUACGGCAUUGUCAGAAGAAAUCAAGAUCGCUUUCUUUUGUACCUUGAGGACCCGUCAAAGGCUACAUUGACAGUUUUUGUUGUACAGUUGUGGCUGCACCCGCGUAGAAUUGGAUUCCCGCCGCCGAAAAAUGAGCCCCCUUCCCAUAGAAAGGCGCCGCACAACAUGAAUCCAGGCGGAAAUUCGAAAUUCUUAACGGACGACCACUUUCCCCGACACAAAGCACCGUUCAUCCAUCCUUUCCCCAGCUUCUCAGCAAUCAUGUCGACAUCUGAGCCUCCAUCCAAGCGCAUUAUGCUCGUGUGGAGGGACGACCCCAGUCCGGCCGCCCCAACUGUCGCCCCUACUGUUGCUGAACUGCUUCAUAGGCUCGAGGCCGCUCCGUACAUCAAGACUGACCUGGACAACGCCGAGAGUCUUGUUGCGGCUGUCCCUACUAUCGCUGCACCGCCCAAUAGUCCCGAGACCGUUCCGUACAUAUUCACGACUGAGUACGACGCCCAAAAUCCCGCCUGCACCGAAGACGGCGGAACUAGCGUUUGGUCCAUGUAUGGACAGUACUUUGACGUUCCAAACGACCCAAAAGAGAUGUUUCUGUUCUUCAGAAGCCUGUUUGACGACGUUUACAGGACAGUGGCAGCUGGAGCGUUUUUAAGCAUUCGCCAGCUCGCUCUCCUCCACGGUGCCCCGUUCCUCCUCGGCAUACCCGGCAAGCGCAAGGCGUCCGCUAUCGUUGAGCAGGAAAACCGUGUUCAACCGCGUGUCGAAAACUCUGCUCGUCAACCUGCUGGGCCGCCAUCUAUUCGUCAACCUGCUGGACUGAGGUCUGCUCAUCAACCUGCUGGACUGUCGUCUGCUCGUCAACCUGCUAGACCGCAGUCUGCCCGUCAACCUACUGGACUGUCGUCUGCUCGUCAACCUGCUAGACCGCCGUCUUAUCGUCAACCUGCUAGACCAUCGUCUGCUCAUCAACCUGCUGGACCGCCGUCUGCUUGCGAAACUGCUGGACCGCCGCCAUCUCCUAGUCAGCCUGCUGGACCGUCGUAUGCUCAUCAACCUGCUGGACCGUCGUCUGCUUGUGAACCUGCUGGACCGCCGUCAUCUGUUAGUCAACCUGCUGGACCGUCGUUUGCGUUUGCCUUGGCCAAUGGAGAUCGCGGCGGCGCCAAGAGAACCCGUCCAGCCCCGUCAGUUCCCUUCCGGCGUAUUGAUAGAUACCAACUCAUACCACCGUCCCUAGACCUUGGGGACUUCACUGGCGUUGCGGACGCUUGUAGUACUCUUGGGAUAUGUGACAAGGUUAUCAAGGGGAAAUAUUUGGAGGGCCUUAUCACUUUCGAUGGUCGGUAUAGUAAUACUAAGCAGUCAAUACCGAAGUGUGAGACUUGUGCGAAGUACAAUAAGCGGUGCAAUCUGUUAGUUGGAGGGUGGGAUAGGUACGUUAAGGUUAGUGCCUGCGGUGCUUGCACUCAGCGUGGAUUGACUUGCUCUUUGAAGCAUCAGAUACACGCUAGCUACCGCCAAUUUUGA